AUCACACGUAGCAAUCACCCCCCCGUUGGUGAUGUCACAACUCGUUACGCCAUUUUUGUUGGGGAGCAGUCGUGUCCAGAAAAGGAGGAUUAGAUUCAGUACAGGUACAUAAAACGGCACCUCGUAUAUUCAUCUCUUCAAGUUGCCUGGCAAAGCGGGACACUUGCUUGUCCAUCACACUCACACAAUGUCGUCAGAAAACCUGGACUCGGACACUCAGGUGGACUACGAGGACGAAAAACAGGACUCCCAGGAGAAGAAUGCAAACCCUGUGAAGGCAGAGGAGGCCAAGCUGAAGGCCAAGUACCCCGGCCUGGCCCAGAAGCCCGGCGGCUCAGACUUCCUGAUGAAGAGACUACAGAAAGGGCAAAAGUACUUUGACUCAGGCGACUACAACAUGGCCAAGGCCAAGAUGAAGAAGCUUCCCCUGGCAGGGCCCGACAAGAACCUGGUGACUGGCGACCACAUUCCCACACCGCAGGACCUGCCCCAGAGGAAGUCCUCCUUGGUGACCAGCAAGCUAGCCGGCUAGCCAUCAUCACCCUAGAAGCACCCUCACCCCCCCUGGGGCUCCCAUCAAAAGUCCCUCCUCCUCACCCGUGUCCCCGAUAUGUCCAUCCCCUUCCCCUCUCUUUCCUUUUCAUCCCCAGGCACCACUGGCUUUAACAUGUCGGGCAGAGUUGUAUAAGUUAAAACUCCAUUUGCUUGUAUGUGGGUGGGGCGGGGUGGGAGGGAUGGAGGCAUUGGCGGCCCAUGAGGUCACAGCCUUCUCUGCCUUCCCACCACGCACAGCUCUGCCCGCUCUGCGCACUCUGCUCUACCGCCUCCCUUAUGUCUUGGUUUUUGGUGUUCCAAGAUGCAUCACAGUAGGUGUGUCAUUGGGCAGGGGUUGGAUGGGGUGAGUUAAUGCACUUUGUAGUCUGUAUAGUAUGCUUUGUUCUUUUUUUGCAUCCCAAAUGACACCAAAAUAAUGUGUGAGGGAGUUAGGAACCAUGAUCGCAGCGUGUUUUUUGAUCUUUAUGUUCCUUCAUUAUGCUGGUAGCUGGCUUCGGCAGGAGGGGUUGAAAGAUGUAUGUGAAUAAUUGCUUGCAUACCAAAUCUGUGAGGGGCAGCUGCCGAGCUUUAGAGUUCUUUCACUGACACUAUAUUGGGAAAUGAGGGAAAUGAAUGGAGGCUUCCUUUCAUCUCAUCCUUUGGCCACCUUUUGUCGAACAAUACCCAAGGUCACCUGCUGCAGCUCAGCCAAACAAAGAUUUAAAGCGCCACUUUUUCCCCCCUUUGCUCAUGUUGCUUUAAUUCUUGACUCCCUUUGCUCCUGUUCUCUCUAAAUAUGCUGCAUGAUUGUAACAAAAAAAAAGUAACAUGUUUUGGGUUUUUUUAACGGGAGUGGGGCAUCUGCUUAGUGAUAGUAAGUAUCAAAACAAACACACGGAGCCCUGAAACGUCCACAGUCACACAUCCUUCCUUUCCUUUUUGCUGUCCCGACAAUCCAUGUACACACGCUCCUGAUAGCGGCCCAGGGCAAGAGCCAGCUGAGCAUAUCCUUGUAUUAUUUUUAAUGGCUGGGAUCCUUGCCAGUCUCUGAGUUCAGUCUUAGUUUGGUUGCUGUUGAGUUGCAUCAAGACGUGUGUUUACUAUGAGCCUAAAAGAUUUGUGGGGCUAUUGAAGCACCCUGCAUAAGUAUAUGCUUCUGUAAAUAAUACACACACAAGCAUGUAAUUCGUGAUAAGCUUGACGCAGUCAGACGUAGUGGUUCCUUGGACAUCUUGCCCUCUUUGGCAAAUCACAUUGUGGAACACUAACUUUAGUAAAAGAGUACUACUACUUUGCUUCCCUUAAACCUUAGCUGGAGCAUAGACCUGCUUCUAUUAGCAGCGCCCUGUAGAUUAAAGUGUUUUCCUACCAAACUGACACACUACACAGACUGAUCUUUGAUCUCAGGGGUGUCAGAGAGUAAACAGCAGGUAACCUGGUAACAACAGGUGUCAGCCCAGCUCCCAAGAUCGUCAUUGCGGGCCUAAAGUGGGACACUGCAUGCCUGCAGGAUGCACUCACUCCCAACACUUGGCAAAGCAGGGAGAGAUUUUAUAACACAUGGUGAGGGGGCAAAGUGUGAGUACGUGCUCCGCUCUGAUCCCACCUGUUAAUGUGGUUCAGCCUCUGAAAGAGGUGAAUGACGAGAACAAGAAAUCUGCAGAUUUUGAAUGCGUGACGUCCACACAUUCAAGAAUCAGAACUGGAUGCCGGCGCUCACCGAGAAUCCGCCUCCUUGUAUAAUACUGCUUCAGGGAACCUUCACAAACGCACACUCCACCAUGUAGGCUAGGUGAUAGGGUGCAUGCACCAUCACAUUCUCAACCUCACUUCUUUUUCAUCGAGACUUUAAAACGUGUCAAAUUUGCAGUGGGCGAAAGAGGACUGACUUGUACGUAUGUGCUUGUUCUGGUGUUGUAUGAAUGCACUGCUUUUCUCUGUUCCAGCCAUUGUAAAUAGACUUCAACAGGAAGGGAUUUUUGUGUUGUUUCCCACCUGCUUUUCACUCUUUCAUAGCCUGAGCUAUUUUCUGAUUCAAUGGUUCCUCUCUCCUUUCAAUGUAACACUACUUCUGCUCUAUCUUAGUGAAUUGCAGAGGCUAUGUGAAUCUGUAUCAUAUGAAAAUAUGUGUAAAUGCUGCUGAUUCAGUCAAAGACAAAUCUAAGAGAUGAUACCCUGUAAAGAACACCUGUCCUCUUGAUUCUACCAGUCCGACUCUGUUCUUCCCAAGUAUCUCUGUUUCAGAGUCCUAUAGCUCCUGUGGCAAGUCGAUUCAGUUGAGACCGUGGUAAACCUUGUUGUGAAUUCUACCACUAAAUUUUAAAGGUGCAUUGUUGAAUUUGAUCCAACUUUUGGUCCGCCCGGAGCCCGAAAAGUCUGGAAGGCUUUGUCACUUUGGCUGACAAGAACAGACCAUUUUAGAACAUCUAUAUUGUGUUUAUAAGCCUUUUGUGCUUUAAAAAGUAAAGAUUGCUAAAAGAAAUGGGUGAAUAAGCUACAGCAUGUUCUAUGAUACAACAGCGGACAGGAGUUCUUGAAUGCUACUUGAUGUUUGGCUUUGCACAGAGCAGUUCAACGAGAGGAAAUAGCAGGGUAUGUUUCAAAACCCAACACACAGGGUGUCUCUCGUUCAGCUAUAUAAACGUGCCAGAAUGUAUAAAGGAAUGACAGGCUGUGUGCUCUGAAUUACUUUUGUGCUGCUUUUACCUUAUCCGUUUUCUUGUUGUUUUUGCAAGUAAUUGUUUUAUUGUUUUUCUUUUUUUUUUUUUUUUUUUUUUUUGGUUUGUUUAUCUUGUGUUCUCUUACUGCAUAAUUAUUAUAUUUCAUCCUAGCCCAAGAUAACUGCAGGGAAAUCAGAGGCACCCUUGCUUCCAUGAGAAAAAAAAGGGUUUACAUGAUAAAGAGGAUGACUGGAGAACACAGGAAUGAUUUUAAGACUUCAGAAAGUACAGGAGUACUUGGAAUGUUUCAGUUGUGUGGGAGUAGGUGAGAGGAUUUUUGUCAGUAUUUGAAAUAAACUUUUACAUUAAUAAGA